CGGGUGUCAAUCUGCAAAACUCGCCUGCUGAUUGGUUAAGGGGGUGCCAAUCUUCCAAACUAGCCAGUUGAUUGGCUCUGGCAGGUGCCCACAGGGAACCACCCCCCAGCUGAAAACGAGACUUGGUUAAACCAGGACAGGAUCCUGCCUCCCCUUCCACUCCAGGCCCUAGCCCUGACUGCCAGCCAGGGUAUCUCUUUGUGGAGUCAUGGCUUUGUUACAGAUAUUCCCAAUGGACUGACAAUUGUCCAUUAACAACUAAAAUGAAAUUCUCUGAGAGCUGCCAUGUGCACGGGGAAGUGUUCAAAGUGCAUUGGGAUCACUCUCUUCCCACUGGCAGUAUGUGCCAUUGUCUCCAACAUUCUCCUGUACUUCCCCAAUGGACAAGUACUGCAGCUCAGCGAGAUAACUGAUUUGGUUUGGUUUUUCCACGGCAUUCUGGGAGCUGGGAUACUGGUUAUUUUGCCGGCAUUCAUGAUGCUGGGAGCAGGUGGAGCAGGAUGUUGCGCUAACAGAUGUGGGAUGCUGCUGUCAGUGAUCCUGUCUGUGAUGGGAUUCGCAGGAGGAGCAUAUUGUGUGGUCAUCUCUUUGUUGGGGCUGAUUGGGGGUCCUCUGUGUGACACAGGUGAUGGAGAAUACCUCUACCCUUUCAGGAAUGACACUCUGGAAGAGAAUUAUUUGUUUAACCAGACAACAUGGACUAUUUGCAAACAACCUGAAAACAUCAUCCUUUGGAAUAUCGUCCUGUUCUCUAUUCUCCUGGUCAUUGGUGUGAUUGAAACUAUUCUUUGUUUCAUUCAAGUCAUCAAUGGACUCACUGGCUUCAUAUGUGGCACAUGUAUGAGGAGAAGAAAGACAAAUAUUUCUGGAAUGUGAAUGACCUACAAGGAAUGCCAAGACAAGCCCCAAAAUGCUGAUUCACAUACAAUAAGGAUAGUGCACUGUGCUGUUUUAUUUAUGGGGGGACGACAAAAAAAAAAACAAUGUUCAGGUGUUUUACAGGGCAAAAUUAUUUUUUAUUAAGAAGUCAGGGUGGAAAAGGGCUAGAUCAUUUCAGUCUGAGACUCCACAUUUUCAUCUCUCUAAACAUACCUACUAAACCUCAGGAACUGGCAAAAACAUUAAUCUGUCUGGCCCUUACUGCUGUACUUGUGUAUAAAGCACAAGACAAAAGAUAAAAGAUCACCACUUGCCCUCUCAUGUGUGUGGGAAAUGGAGCUGUUGUUAAUUUAUCAGCUGCAUGAAGCGGGCGCUCUCUGGCUGAUGUAAAUAAUGUCCUGUGCUCCCCAAAUCUCACCAUGAGCUCACCUGUCUGUUCCUAUUAAUUUUCGAAUGGGGCACUCAGAGAUUUGCAUGAGGAUGAGCAGAGAGUGUAUUGAGCAGUGUUUGAGACACUGCAGAGGAAACUGAAGAACAUGGGUUUCAGCCUCUUUCUGCCAUCCUGGAGCCAGAUCCCCUUGCCAAAACUCAGGGCACUUCUAAAUCAGUUCUUCAGGAGCAUCUGAGAAUUGUGGCAGCCUUAGAGGAAAAUUAGGGUCACCACAGUAGGGUUUGCAACAAGACUUUAGAAAUGUCUGGUUUAACAAAAGGGUGAAGAACCUCACCACCAAUUUUGCCUUCAUGAAACUGCCUAUGAAUUUCACUAACUUCCACACAGGUCUGUAUGGCUGCCCUAGAAUAGAGCACAUGGAUCAAGGAAUUAACUCACCAAAGAUAAACAAAGAUAUAUGUAGUAAUUAUUUGCAGCUUAGUAAUAAAUAGAAGAUAUAAUCUGAAGGCAGUAAAUUGCAUCAGCUUUAGUUUUUUAGCAACAGCAAUAGCAAUCAAGAACUGCAUAAUUCCCUAUCAUCACUGAAGAGCAAACUCUUGAUCUUGAGCUAAUGUCCAUGACUGGGAAGUUUCAGGAAACUCAUCAUUCCAGUGACUUCCUUUCACGAAACAACACUUCCUCAAAGGUUAAUUCUUGGACAUGAACUGUCAGCCAAACCGUGAAAUAAUCUUUACCCAACCCAAAUGCAUAUAGGCAGCUAUGAAAACCUGAAUAUAUUUAAAGCACUUGGAGCCUAUUUUUCCUGAUUUCUGUUUUCUCAAAGUUGUUUGUAUUUCUGCACUGUAGCAUGGGAGCAAGCUCUUUAAAUACACUUAUUGCAGACAUAUGUGGCUGCUUGUGCUGUCCUUUAAUGCAACAUGCAAAAUGCUUCAUAUUCUCCUUUAUAUAAAAUGGAGAUGAAAAGGCCAAUUGCCUAUUUGAGGAGCAUAUGCACCUUGGAGCAUAGUUUCACCCCCAGAAGGAGAAAAAUUAACCUGUAAAAUUUAAAUGCAACUUCUGUAAAGAAGAAAGCAUAAGACUUGUUGAAGUUUGCAAUCCAUCACUAGGUGCAUCCAAACUUGCCAGGUGGCUCAAAAAGCUCAUGUUCUUUGCCAGCAGUGAAGCAUGGACGGUGCAACCAUAGCAGACAGCAAACCAGGAAAAGAGUUAAAGAGGCAGUGGGAAGAAAGGAUAUUUGCAGGUAGUCAGCUGGAGAGAGGCUCCUUCAUCAGCACAGGGCCUCUGUGAACUCUUCAUGGUCCCUUAAUACCCACCCUUCCUCAUCCCUUAGUUUUGACUCCCUGACUCUCAUCUCUGGGAUAAAGCCAACUUUGGCUGUGGUAGCACCAGGAGAGGAAGAGAUAGCCGCUGGCACACCUCCAGCACAAAAAAAUAAGUGCCCUGUGCUGCUGCCAUCUGCUUGUUCCAGGCUGUCCUGCCCUGGGGAUGUCUGUGUACUCCUGGAAACACCCUCUGUCCUGCAAAUUGUGUGACCACUGGCCUCACUGAUAUAUGUAAAUAUUAAAUAUUGCUAUUCUGAACUUAUUUUCUGGCUUGAUUUGUGUGGUCUGAAGGGCUUGUGAGCUCAAACUACCUCCACUAGGAAGAUAAAUGGAAUAACAGAUAAAGCAGAGUUAAAUAAUCUGACUUGAAUCACCAUGAGGAAGCUUCUUCUAAGGUAGGCAUCAAGAUACACAGGCCAUGGGGAGAGGCAGCCUUCCCCCAGUCCACACUGAAAGAGAUGCCUAAGGCAAGUGGGAGGCAUUGCCUUUCUAAAAAAGGUUCAGUUGUCCACCAUGGACAGGAACUUCUGGUGCCUUUUGAAGUGCAGCAAAGAACCCAGGCACAGAUGUCCAGAGAUCCAAGAGUCCAAUCUGGCGAUAACAACAUGAAGGUGUGGCUGACUGAAGAAAACAGCUGUCUCUUGCAAACACAAGGAUGCUAAAAAUUCAUUCAGUGAAAAUACAUAAAGGUGACUAAAAUUAGAUUAAAUUACUUCAGAUCAUGCUUUUUUGGAUCCCCCAAAUCACCUUUUACAUGAGUCAAAGCCUGUGCUCUCAGAAGUGACACCAGAGCCUUCUCUAGGAGCCAGCCAGCACAUUGCAACAGGGGCAGCUCCUCAUGACAAGCACUGCAAGGAGACUUGUGAACCCAAGCUCUUCUGGUGGGCAAGGCUUCAAAUGAAAAUGUCUGCAUAAUACUAAAUAUAAUAAAAACCUUGAUUUGAACAGGGAGUUGACUUGACUGAAGAUAUGCUUCAGAAUUAGGAUUACUACAGAUUUUAAAUUAU